ACAGAGUCAGCGCGCGUGUACACAAUCUGAACCCCAUUACGAGCACAAUGAAGCUGCUCAGUAUCCUCUCGCUUCUCCUCCUCGCAUCCGUGCAACCCGCUAUCUCGUCCCUCCGGCGAUACGAUGCCAUCUUCAAUUUCGGUGACUCCUUCUCCGACACCGGAAAUAACAUUGUUGUAUUUGCGGAGAACUCGCUUCCAAACCCAGCGGCGCAGCCUCCCUACGGCAUCACCUUCUUCGGCCGCCCCACGGGCCGCAACUCGAAUGGCCGCCUCAUCAUCGACUUCGUCGCGAAGAGGCUACGCUUGCCGCUCGUCCCGCCAUUCCUGUCGCAAAACGGCAGCUUCAGCCAAGGCGCUAACUUCGCAGUCUCGGGCGCCACCGCUCUCAACAUCAGUUUCUUUAAAGAUAUACCAAUUGCAAGCCAGAUUGCUCUGAACACCACCUCGAGCGUGCAGCUGCAGUGGUUCGAGUCGCUCAAGCCUUCGCUGUGCAGCCCUGCCCCAGAGUGCCCACCAACGUUCUUCCACAAGUCACUUUUUUUCGUGGGAGAAUUUGGCUUCAAUGAUUACAGCUUCUCGCUUCUGGGAAAGACCAUGCCACAAGUUAGAUCCAGCGUCCCAGACGUAGUCAGAUCCAUCACCGAGGCCACUGAGGGACUAAUUGAACAUGGGGCGAAGACCUUGAUUGUGCCCGGGAUCCCCCCACUGGGCUGCUCACCAGCCAAUUUAGAGUUGUUCCGUAGUGACGACCCGGCGGGCUACGAGCCUCGUACCGGGUGCCUGAAAGAGUUCAAUGAGCUAGCCGUGCAUCACAACUCGCUGCUCCAAGAGGCCCUACAGAACGUCCAGACGAAUUACCCAAAUGCUCUGAUAAUUUACGCUGAUUUCUUCACUCCAAUCAUCAAAAUGGUGGAGUCUCCCUGGAAAUUCGGGCUUACCACCGACGUUCUGAAGUGUUGUUGCGGUGGAGGUGGAGAGUACAACUUCAACCUGAGUGCCGGCUGUGGCAUGCCUGGUGCGACGGUGUGCCAGGACCCAUCUGAGUAUUUGUUUUGGGACGGACACUUCACGGAGGCAACCUACCGCUACAUUGCUAGACGCUGGCUACGAAAAUUAAGCAUGCACAAUCACUUGAUGGGGGCGACGUACAACUACUUUGCCAUUGACAUGGACUCGGCGUAAACGAGGUCGGAUCCAAGCUGGUAUCUGUAUAAAAAGUUAUCAUAAAUAAAAUGGGAUGCAUCAUCCAUGCAUGGAUUUUCAAUCAUCUAUUUCAACACUUGUAUUGAGUACCUUUUUAUUUUCAACGAGCACUUCAUAAUGAAGUGACCGAUGUAUGCGGGACCUUAUCAAGUGACCAACUCUUUAUUUAAGCAA